CAGGUUCAGGGCUCCCCUCUCUCUGUCUCUCUCUAUCUCUCUCUCCCAAAAAAAGAAAGUUGAUCAGAGAUUCAGAAUGGUGGAAAAAUAGUAUAUUUUCAGCCUCACGCGUUUACACACCCAAGUCCCGAAGUCCCAAGUCCCCCUACCUAGAAAACACCUAGAAAACACAAGAAGUACUGUCUCCACUCUGUCGCUUUCUUCACUCACCGAGAGAGAGGGAAGAGAGAGAGAGAGAGAGAGCGAGUGUUUCAAACACAAAAUGCCAACUUGGGUUUAGCACUGAAAAAACGACUACACUUUGAGCCAAGUCCCAAAUCCCAAUCCCAAACUUUCAAUACUUUGGCGUUGAUGGAUGCACGUUACAAACUGCUGAAGCUGAAACGUCGUCGCUAUCGUUAGUCCAACUGCUCUCUGUUCUGCUCUACAACUGCAUAAUGUAUGUGGUUUAGCUGGCUGUGUGGUGGAUCCGAGACACCAAGGUUCACUCGCUGUCGCCGUCUCUUUCUCUCUGGGGUUUGUGAAACUCGCGUCUUUUCGCUCCAUUUCUUGUGUUUGCGCUCAACCCCGGCAUUGUAUUUCGGGGUAUUUGAUCUUUAUGUAAUGGAACAUGCCGCCACAAGACCCUCUAAACCAUCCUCAAACAUAUCCGAAAUUGUGUCCAAAUUUGCAAAAGUUUGUAAAUUGAGAUCCAUUGGUGUCAUCUCCUCUGAAAAUGCUAACCAGAAAAACUACCACCAUCACCAUCACAAUUACCACAACCCAAAUAACAAUACUUCCUCAUUGGGUGAGGAUAGCAGCGAUGCAACUGAGGAGACAGAAUGUUAUGGAGAGAAGGUUCAUCCUCAGCCAGUUGAAGUUUUGGGAAGAAGCAAUGUCUGUGCUGACGGGGAGAUUAUGAAGUUAUUUGACGAAGUUUCAGCGCUGAAAUUGGCUUAUGUUCAGCUUCAGGAAGCUCAUAUUCCCUAUAAACCAGAAAAAAUUAUGGCUGCUGAUGAACUUGUUGUGUCUCAGCUUGAAGUGCUUUGCAAGAUUAAGCAUGCAUACAAGGAGAGGAAAGUCACAAACAAAGCUAAGCUUGAUUCCUCUGCAUGCAGUCACUUGCAAGUGGAAAUUGAAUCUAGUGAGAUGCUGUUGGAAGAUUUGAAGUCCCAAGUCAAUGCUAAAGACUUUGAGAUUCUUCGCUUGAAACAAAAGCUUCAGGAGUUGGAGUUGGCAAAUGUGGGACUGGUUGAGAAGAUCAGGCAAAUAAGUAUGCAGAAGAAGAAUGCAAGGGUUUUGAGCAUGACAACUUUGGAAGAUGCUUUCAAAGCCACUUCUAAGUCCAUCCAUGAUUUUGCAAAGCCUUUAAUUAGCAUGAUGAAAGCUUCAGGUUGGGAUUUAGAUCUGGCAGCGAAAUCGAUUGAAGAUGCAGUUGUUUUUUCCAAAAGGUCCCACAAGAAGUAUGCAUUUGAAGCCUACAUAGCGAGGAUAAUGUUUUUGGGGAUUGCAUUUAAAUCCUAUAAUGUAGAUGCUGUUAUGAGGUUUGACGAUCCAAUUGACACUCUUACAGAAUUUCCAAAUUCAGAUUUUGCUGAAUUCUGCAGAAAAAAGUAUCUAUUGGUUGUUCAUCCAAUGUUGGAAGCGUCAUUCUUUGGAAAUCUUGAUCACAGGGCUUUUUUAUUGAGUGGCAAGCAUCCCAGGACACCGUUCUACCACAUAUUUGCAAAGAUGGCAAAGUGGGUCUGGGUUUUACAAGGCAUUGCAGCCUCAAUAGAUCCUCAGGCAAAAAUAUUUACUGUUGACAGAGGAAGCAAAUUCUCAGAUGUUCAUAUGGAAUCUGUUGAGGGUUUUGAAGGUGCUACUGUGGCUGAUCAAGAACAAGCUAUUCCCACAGUUGAGCUUAUGGUCAUGCCUGGUUUUAAAGUUGGAGAGUCAUUCAUGAGGUCUCGGGUGUAUCUUUCAGAUCUGAGAUAAUCACAUGGUAAAUGCUGGAUGGAGGUGCUUGGACUAAUUUUUAACAUUCCAGAACCUAGUGACCUCUUAUUUCAAAAUGCUGGCAAUUUGCUUAAGGUAGUCGAAAUCUGUUAUUGGAGUUUUUGAAACUGUAUCUUGUAGCAUAUGGUGCAAAUUUACAUACAAUCUCAGAGUUUGUACUUCAAAGUUUAUUUAUUCAUAAUCAACAACUUAGGCUGCAAGGAUCUUCUUAGUUACUUUCUGAACUGUAAAUAGAUAUCAUCUUAAUGAUGCCAUUAUAUUUCUUUUUUUUA